CCGAUGUGUUGAACAGACUGGGCCGAGUUCUUCAUGGUCAGACUCGGCAGAACGUGUUUCUUCGGUGGCGUUGGUUCGGGCAAGAAACCAUGUCCCGAUCGUUUCAUAUCGUUUCUCCGCUCAGUUUUCGGGUCCCAAACCGCCCAACUGGUCCCAAAGCGGAUUGGUUCGACCCCUAGAGAUGAAGGUCCAUAUAGUCGCACGCGGGUGUUCAUGGAUUUGGAGCUUUUUGUAAAUUGUUAAAAACCUCCACCAUAUGGUUCUCACUUGGUUCACACCCCCCAACAAAAACCGACAACUCGAACCGGGACUCGUACACAUGGCGCCCGCAAGGACACCGACACCAUGUUCGCCACCUUAAGGGACUCCUCCACGGCCGACCUGUCACAGGUUCUUGCAGAUGUCAAGAAAUAUGCCUCAGAGGUUGUGGAGGCGGAAUCCAGAGAAUUGCGGUCGAGCCUCAAGCAGAGCUCAGAGGCCGCGGAACACCAGCUGAACGAACGCUUCAGAAGCUUCUCAGAUCGACUGCUUGAAGAAUCAGGAACCAGCCAUCCUGAAGGCGGCCGAAAGGUUGGUGACACUCAGCUGCUGAGGAAGAUGACCAACAGGAUGACGGACUUUGAAGCCCAAGUCUCUUCACAGCUUCAGGCCUUGGCUCAAGAUGUGGAGAAGAAGAUCUCGUUCAUGGGUUCACAGCCACUUGGCGUCUCAGUUCAUGCGCUCAGGGAGGGAGAACAACCCUUGGGCAUCGACUGGUAG